AUGGCAGACACCAAACCGACGCCGCCCGAGGCGGCCGCAGCCCCGAGUCCGACUCCCUCUACCACGACCACGACCACGACCACUGCCGCAAACCCCGCCGAAGGUUACAAGGCCGCGAAACCGAACCCCGUCUGGCAGAUGAUGGGUCUCCGUGGCCCGCCCAAGCGCCUCCCCUCGCGCAACUGGAUGAUCUUCCUCUCCCUGACGGGCGCCAUCUCCGCCGCCAUCAUCUACGACAAGCGUGAGAAGAACCGCGCAACCGCCCGUUGGGCCCGCGCCGUCGCGCCCCUCGCACAGGAGCCCCUCGCCCACCCGUCCCAGCUGCCGCGCAAGCUCACCGUCCUCCUCGAGGCGCCCCCCGGCGACGGCCUGCGCGUCGCCCAGGACCACUUCCUCGAGUACAUCAAGCCCAUCCUCGCCGCCUCCGGCCUCGACUGGGAGUUCGUCCAGGGCCGCCGCCAGGGCGACGUCCGCGCCGCCGUCGCCGAGAAGAUCCGCCGCCGCAGGAGCCGCGAGGAGAGGCCCGACGUCGAGCUGCUGCCCACCGAGGAGAACAUCCGCGACGCUCUGCGCCAGAAGAACGGCAUCCCCGAGUACGAAGGCCCCGGCGGCGACAUCGUCAUCGGAAGGCACACGUGGAAGGAGUACGUCCGCGGCCUGCACGAGGGCUGGCUCGGCCCCCUUGACCCGCCGCCCAAGCCCGAGGAGCCCUCGAAACCCGACGCCGCCGAGGGCACCGAAAAUACGACGGCGACACCUGCUACCGCUGCUCCUGGUGCUGCUUCUGGGACGGAGGAGGGCGCCGCGUCGGAAGAAAAGAAGAAGGAUGAAGAACCCCCCAAAGAGGAGAACAAGCCCGACCGCCCUCCCCAACCGGUCCCCUACAACACCACCCUCGACUACCCGACCUCCCACCUCCCCCUCCACAUCCCCGCCGAGUUCUCCCCCUCCGACGCCAUCCCCUUCCCGCACCUCCUCGGCUUCGCCGGUACCUUCACCCGCAUGCAGCGCUUCCUCAACCGCCGCCGCCUCGCCGACGACAUCGGCCGCCAGGUCGCCGCCGCCUGCUUCGCCGCCUCGCGCGAGUGGCGCGACGACGGCCCGUCGUCCCAGCAGCACCCGGAUCAGCCCUACGAGCAGCAACGCGCCCUCGAGCACGAGGAGGGCAACUGGGUCAAAAGCGUGUGGAAGGAGGCCGCCGAGGCGCCCGCCUCAGACGACGAGGAGGAGCGGACCAAGGAGCGCAUCUGGACGUCGCCCGUCGUCGUCGACCCGCGCAUCGCCUCGCGCAUGCGCCGCUUCGAGAUCCGCCCCGAGGACGAGGAGCGCGCGCGGCACAUCGUCGUGCCAGAAGAGGAGGUCGAGGGCUGGAUCAAGGGCAGCCUGAGGUCGCUGGGCCACUGGGGAUGGAAUGCCAUCAAGGGGGACAAGCGCAAGGGUCCCAACGUCGGCGAGAUUGAUGAGUGA